CAGAGCCGACCCCGACGUCCGCCAGCAUGAGCUUCUCGUUCGGCCAACAGAACAGCGGCGGCGGCAGCAGCAGCACGCCUAGCAAGCCGCUCUUUGGUGCAGCUCCCUCGACUGCCGGCGCUACACCGUCUCUCUUUGGGACUGCGGCCAGCGGCACCAACACCACCACCAACACGUCCAGCGCACCCAGCAGCGGCGGUCUAUUUGGCGGCGCUAGCAACACAGGCGGAUCCAGCCUGUUUGGCGGUGGCGGUGCAUCGACGACGCCUGCAAGCAAGCCUGGUGGUCUUUUUGGCGGAGGUCAAGCUGGCGCGUCGUCAACAACAUCGGCCUUUGGCGGCGGUGGAGGCUUUGGGGGGUUCGGAAAAAAGGAGGGAGAUGCAGCCAAACCCGCCGGAGGGCUGUUUGGCAGCGGCGGAGCUUCGUCUGGCGGAGCAGCUUCGUCUUCUACGCCCUCGUUUGGAUUCGGUGCAGCCGCUAGCUCCGCGCCAUCAGCCACACCUGCAACGAACAAGACAUCGCUCUUCCCCUCGACCACCCCAGCCGGCGCCCCUCCAGGCGGCAGCUUGUUCACCCAAAACACGCAAUCGAGCAGCGGUGCCCAGUCCGGUUCUUCUUUGUUCGGUCAACAGAGCAGCCAAACCAGCGGGGGCGGAUCGUCUCUGUUCGGUGGCGCAAAGCCUGCUACGACGUCGUCUUCCACCCCCAGCCUGUUCGGCGGCGCCACUGCUGGACAGUCGGCCGCGAAGCCCCUCGGUGGUCUCAGCCUAGGAGGAAACACGGGCGCCUCUACCGACGCAAACAAGAGCGCUACUCCGUCUGCUACGCCCACGUCGAAUCUGUUCGGAGGAGGAAACCAGACAGCGGCGUCUGGCGGGCAAGAGGCGCAGACACCCAAGCCUGCAGGCAGUCUCUUUGGCGGACUUGGAAGUACAACACCUGCCACCACCGCGAAACCUUCAGGGUUCACCCUUGGAUCUACGUCAUCCGCACAACCCACGUCCUCGCAGCCUACGUCAACCGGCGCGCCAACGUUGAGCCUAGGCGGAAACACUGGCACUACGGCCUCUUCAGCAGGCGCCCCCAGCAGCCUGUUCUCAACGGCAGCAAGCUCCACUCCAGCUUCAUCCGGGGGCGGCUUCAGCUUCGGCAAACCUGCUGCUUCUGCGAGCACGACAGCAACGGCUGGAGCGACUACCACGGCCACGGCGGGCGCACCCACGUCUACAGCAUCAUCUGGCACAUCGCUCUUUUCAGGCUUGGGCAGCGGGCUAGGAGGUGGAGCUUCUGCUGCACCUGCAACGACCGGGGCCAGCACAACUACUUCGAGUACCACCCCAAGCCUAUUUAGCAAGCCUGCUGGAAAUGAGGCGCCUGCAUCGAAGCCCGACGCCGAAUCACAGCCGACUCCUACAUUGGGCGCCACUAGCGGAACCGCGGGAGCGAACGCGGCGCAGAGCGGGCUUGCGGCCUCAACCGCUGGACCCGCGCCAUCGGCGCAAUCACGGCUGAAGAACAAGUCCAUGGACGAGAUUAUCACGCGUUGGGCAGCAGACCUAUCAAAGUACCAAAAGGAGUUCCAGGCUCAGGCUGAGCAGGUGGCAUCAUGGGACCGAGAAUUGGUGGAGAAUUCCGACAAGGUUCGGCAGCUGUACUCGAAGACGUUCCAGGCGGAGCGCGAUGCUGCCGAGGUAGAGCGGCAGCUGACCAUGAUGGAAGAGAACCAACAAGAAUUGGAUUCUUACCUAGACCGCUAUGAGAAGGAGAUUGACAACCUCAUGAAGAUGCACGGUGUCAGCGGCAAGAAUGAAAGCUUGCGCGGCCCUGACCAAGAGCGUGAGAGGACUUACAAGCUCGCGGAGAAGCUGCAAGACCGCCUCAACGAACUCAACAAGGAUCUCACAGAUAUGAUUGAAGAGAUUAACAGCACAUCGCAGACGCUCAGCAAGACGGGCAAGCCCGACGAUCCUUUGACAAAGGUCGUGCGUGUGCUCAACACGCAGCUCUCACAGCUUCAGCUCAUCGACUCUGGCGCCUCACAACUCCAGGAGAAGAUUGCAAAGGCACAGAGAGAGACGCAGCGUGUGGGUGCAAAUGGGUGGAAUGGCCUUGGCUCCGACCCUUCGGCCGACUUUAUGAACAGCAUGCGUGGCAGCCGGUCGACGCAGAGGUUUGGCGGUGUUUCGUAGACGUAGGAUUUAGUAAUUGAUGCCAUGAAAAGAAAGAGUAGGGGGGGAAGGAUGUAAAGAUUAGUUGGA